AUGAAAGGAAAAGUCAUACGAAUUUUAAGCACAGUAGCUAUCAUCAAUCUGGUUGCUACUCUUCAAACUUAAUCUCGCCUUAAAUCGCAGCUUCAAGCUUAGAAAGUAGGCGGAUCACUUGAUGCAUGGCUUGGCUUAGUUCAAAAUAAAAUGGCUAAUAAUGGCGGUGAUGGUUCUUCAGGCAAAAAAAAGCACUGUAAGGAUAAGAAUCACGAUGGAAAUUGUGACUGCGCGGAAGUUUCAACAACAACGACUACUGCUGCUCCAACCAUUCCAACUCCAUCCUCAUCACAAACUACUACUUGUGGAUGUUCAACAGAAGCACCUACUACAACUGAGCAACAAACCACUUCAGAAGCACCAACUCUACCUCCAACUACAACAGAGGCUCCAACUCUACCUCCAACUACAACAGAGGCUCCAACACUUCCUCCUACAACUACAGAGGCAACAACUACAGAGGCUCCUACCACAACUUAAGAAUAAACCACAACUGAGGCCCCUACUACCUAGGCACCAACAGAAGGACCAACACUUCCUCCCUCUAAUUAGACUACUCAGGCUUGUUCAUGCGACAUUAUUAUUCCAAUUCCAAGCAACGCCUCAUCUGAGAUCCCAUCUGAGGAUUGCAAAUACAAUAGGAAACAUAGAAAAUGUAGAAGGGAUAAGUAGGAUUGUCAAUCAACAUCUCCAGCACCUACCACUCUUGCACCAACAACUACCUAAGCUCCAGAGACAACUGUUGUUCCAACAUUCCCACCAAUUCCUCCUUCAAAUAAUACUCCUUCAGUUUCACCAAACUGCAGCUGUGACGAGAACUGUUCUGCCGAGAAUACACCAAAUAUCUACUACGAUGAGGCUCAAGACUGCAACUGGGUCUUCAAUAUGGAUAUUAUGAACUUCGAGUGUGUCAAGCAAGACUGCAAAUGGCAAUUCAACGAAACUGACUGCUCAUGGUCAUGCAUUUAUAACUGCUCCUGCGACUAGGACGGUAACGUUAUUCCUCCAAGCAACGCCUCUUCUAGCUGUGAAUAUUCAUGCUAAGACUUUAAGGAUCUAGAGACCAGAGUCGGAGUAGUGGAGAAUUUCCUCAGCGGUGGAAACUCAGUUAGUGGCGGAUAAGGAAAUGCUAAAAUCAGAUAGGAUAUUGAGAAAAUUAACGGUGAAAUUGAUGAUAUCUAUCAAAUUCUGGAUGAAGCUUUCGUCGCUAUAGAAGAAAUCAAUAACGGCACCUAAGCUCGUAGAUAAGCUGCGGUCUAGGCUUCAGUCAAUUACAUAUAGGAAAAUGGACUUUACUUAGGAGACAGAUGGUGGUUAGGCCAACAAAAUGAAAAUCUUUAUGCUAUUGAUCUUGAAUCGCCUUCUCUCUAUGAAUUCCAAUAUGGAGUCAAUGCUACCCUUGGAUGA